AUGGUCGUGUCAAGCUUAAGCGACCCUCAACCGCCGUACCUGUCGCUCAGCAGUCCAGGGGACACAGAAUACAUAGAUAUUAUCGUGCGCCAGGAACACGAUAACUUGACUCUGGUCUGCGAGGUGCGAGGGGAUCCCACGCCGAGGGUCUUCGUGUGGAACUAUGUGAACGAUAAUGGGACAGAUAAGGGCAGGCCCUUCAAUAUAGAACCGACCGGUUCGACAACGAUCAGCAAGCUGGAGAUGUCUGACCUCCAGCUGACGGACAGCGGCCAGUACAUGUGCUCCUCGCCGCCCUUCAGCAGCAAGCUGUACAUACUGGUGCAGACGAGAGGGCCGAAGUACUGCGCUCGUGGAGCGUUCUGGUGUGGAGCGCGCUGCGUGUUGCCGGCCUACGUGUGCGACGGUUGGAACGACUGCGCCGGCGCAGAGGACGAGGCCCCGCCUUUCUGCCCGCCGCGGCCUUGCGCGAGGAGCGACAAGCUGAACUGCUCGUCGGGGCGCUGCAUCAGCGAGGCGCAGUGCUGCCGGCCCGGCGCCGCGCUGUGCCGCGAGCCCGGCUGCUGCUCCGAGCACCGCUACUCCACGCUGGCCGGCUAUGUGGAAGUGGAGUUCCCCCCAUUAUUCGAAGACAGACACGCGCCAGAUGACUAUGGGUUCAUCCAAUCCACCAUAUACACUGUUACUGCGUGUGCACUGAUCUUCAUGAUCGCGGUGGUUCUGCUGGUGUCGGCGCUCUGCAAGAUGCACAUGAAGCGCGCCGCGCUGCGCGGGUAUGCGACUGCGCACCGGGACACUGCGCACCACUACGCGGCUCGCUACCCACCCCGCUACGAAGCAGCAGCGACUAGACUUCUGGAGCCCGGAUUGUCCAGUCCUGUUAGAAAUGCUCAAGUUACCUCUGUAAAAGAAAAAAAAAUGUACACGUUUGAAUUCCAGGGUACCUGUAGCCCUACUACCCAGUCACCUCUCGAGGCCUCGGAGGUCUGCAACGGAGGCCUAGGGCUCGCCCGGCUGUCGGCCAUAUUCUGUUCUAGAUAUAGACAGGUACCGACCCAGUGCUGUGACGUUGAAAUGACAGACGUCCGGCCAUCAUCCCUAACAAGCUCACCCCGGAACCAACCACUCGACUAUCGCUCGCCCACAGCCAGCGACCUUUACUUCACAGACGCUGAGUUCAGUGCCCUAAACCUAAACGAUAAUCCUCAAAGGUCUUCAGAUCUAUCAGAAAUCCAAAGACCGCUAACGUUGCAACUGGGACGUUUCCAUCUAAGUAUACCUCGCUUUGGAAGAAACAGACCUAGACCGGACACACCAGACGUGGAUAUUGGAGACCUAGGUCUAGUACGUCUCGCAGACGAGACAUAUACACUUAACGGUAGAACUAUCCGUCUGUUGGGUGCUGAUUUUGAAAACUACCCCGCUUUAGACGGUCGUCCUCCGCCCUACACAGAAGCUAUACGAUACAAAUAUGGCCCUCCGCCUGAAUAUCUAAGUCGUGAGGCCAUCGAUGCCCCGGAAACCUCCCAAGCCGUUCAAACACCGCACACUGCUCAAAAUGAAAACGAUGCCCGAGCCAAUAUCGAGCUGCCUCCAUGCUAUGAUGAUUUAACCGGAGCCUGUGCCCCUCUCAUUACUGAACCCUGUGAUACUAACAACAACGGUGAAGACUCCAACAACAACGGUGACGACUCCAACGACAAUAACCUCUUCGUUGAUGCGGUGACCAGUGUCAGUGUCGUUCCGGAAACCAUAAGUUCUGUCAUCGAUAACUUGCCGGCCAUCGAUAGUGAUGUGAAUGCUAAUGAAAUGUACAACGCGUAAAUAUAUUAUAUAUAUCUAUGUGUUAAGUGGUUUAUAUGUUAGAAAGGAAUAUGCAUUAUUAAGCAUAUAUUUCUGUUAAGUUUUUUUUGUAUAUUGCCCUUUAGUGUAUGAAAUAUGAAGUUAACUGAUCUGAUUUAUAUGAUUAUGAUAUGUAAUACUAAUAUAUACAUAUAAAUACAAGGUGCAGGCGUUAAAUUAAACCACAUACACUACACUCGCUGCGUCGCGCGGUUUCUCCUGCGUUGAUCUGAUGAAAAAACGAACUAAUACAUAACAUGAGCUAAAUGGAACAGGGUUAACAAUCGACGACGCGUCAGAGCAACGGUCACAUCAUUGAUUUGUGACUUUUGCAGGUUCGAUUCCCACAUAUGGCAUACAUUUGUAUUGGCCAUAUUGAUGUUUGCGUAGUCUGGGCGUUUGACUCGUGUAUUGUGUUUUCUGAUUCUGACAGAAGUAAAUCACACUAAAAAUAAACUUAAACGCCUUCUAUCUGACUGAUAUGUUAUAUGUUAUAAAUGGUAUGUAGUCUAUGUGGUUUAAUAUGACGCCUCUUGCGUAUAAAUAUGAAAUUUUCUAAUAUUUGUUAAACAUUUAUAUAUAAUAUAUUAAAUUAUUUUA